AUGGCGUCAGGGUCAGAGCCAACAAAAAACAUAGUUCUGGUGGGGCGUGCCGGCAACGGGAAAAGCGCCACCGGGAACUCACUCGUUAGGAGAAAAAUAUUCUUAUCAGGUGCCCAAGCAACAGGUGUAACUAUGACGUGUCAGACAUUUAGAGCUGUCAUACCCAAUGGCCCCAUAAUUAAUGUGAUUGACACUCCUGGUCUUUUCGAUUUGAUAACGAAACCCGACAUCAUUAGUAAGGAAAUCGUUAGAUGCCUUGCUCUGGCGGAAGAAGGAUUACAUGCUGUGGUUCUGGUUCUAUCUGUAAGAACUCGGAUUACCAAAGAGGAAGAGGACUCACUUUGUACGUUGCAGGUCAUCUUCGGGGCUAGAAUCCUUGACUAUUUGAUUGUUGUAUUCACUGGCGGUGAUGAGUUGGAUAGCAACAACCAGACGUUAGAAACGUAUUUGCAGGAGUGCCCUGAGUUUCUGAAGAAUAUUUUCAGACUGUGUGGCCACAGAAAGGUUUUGUUUGACAACAGAACUGACGAUGAUGAGAAGAGGGAUAGGCAAAUCCAGCAGCUUCUCAACUAUGUUGAAGAUAUUGGAAGGAGAAAUCGUGGGAUACUGAUGCAGCGCAUCUUCGAUGGAAACUAUCAACGAUGUCUUCUUGAAGCUCAAGCAAGAGACUGGGAUGAGCUUCGUCACACACUUCGUGUGAUGGGAGCAAACUUUCGAGCAACUAUUUACAAUUCGAUGCAUCAAUCGGCAGAGACGGCGACAUUCAAUUACCAUCCAGCGCUGGUCCAAGUUUCAGAAGUAGAGUUGGAGGUAGUGGUUGAUAAUCCUUUAAUGCGCGAUCGAGAUUUUCAUCAACAGAUCCGCGAUGAGCCAUCAAGUCGUGAUCAAAGUGAUAGUUUGUCUCUUCUCGGUUUAGAGGAUCCAUAUACGGAGAUCUACGGUGAACCGAUUUUUGACAACUAUAAUGAUGCCCCAAUCUGUGAUGUUGUCAUUGACAAAUCAUGUGCGAUGAAGCGUGUUUACUGUAACGAUCCAAUCUUCGACAUCUGCAAUGAUGAAGAUCAAAGCUAUGACAUAUAUCAUGUAGACGAUGUAGAUCUCAAUGAU